GGCGUGUCCUGCUGUGUUGCCAAUGGGGAGGAGCCAGGGGGUUGUGUGGCUUUGCUCGCAGUGCGCUGCGGUGUGGGGCAGCUGUGCCUGAGCUGACAAUGAGAAGUGUCGCUGCUGCUGCUGCGGUGCGAGCAAAGUAAAGCGUCAGAAAGGUCCCGGGGUGAAAGUGAGCUCCUACACCUAAACUGGUCGUUGCGACUUCCUGGGGCUUUGGAAUAAUCGCUGCCUCUUGGAGAAAAAAAACUUCGUGCCUGGAAAGCGAUCUCCAGCCAAGUUUUUCUUCAGUUUCUGCUACAAAUGAAUGGCAACAGAUACGUUUCUGCCUGACCAUCGACAGUCUGAUACCAAGUGGUUUAUGCAGUCCUCUGUAUUUAGAUUAUCUACACUAUGGCUGCCUUGCAAGCUCUUCCAUUAUCCAUUGACCAAAACGCUGAGGUCAGUGGUAGCCAAAGCCAUACAAACACCAGGUCGCCUGUCACAGAGAACACCAUGGGAAGCGUCAGCAGCUUAAUCUCUGGGAGGACAUACCAUGACAAGCAGUGCAAGGCCUCUGAAUUGAGCAACAAGUGCCGCAAACCUACCAACAUGCCAAACUGUUUUAAGCAGCAAGAGGGGCUUAUAAAAAGUAAUUACAGCUCACAGGAUCCUCUGUUUAAUGGGCUUCCUACAAAGAAACCCUCUACUACUACCUCUGGAAAUAAUGGGAAUUAUGUCUACGUCAACGAGGACUUUAAAGAGGAAUGGCAUGAACCUAGAGUACCAAUCAGCCCCUCUAGUGAUGCUGAAGAUAUUCGGGAAGAGAGAGCUCUUAAUGGGAAUAUAAGAGGGCCUCCCCCCAAACUCAUCCCAGUCUCUGGCAAAUUAGAAAAGAACGUAGAAAAGACUCUAAUAAAACCUACAGCUUUCAAACCAGUAGUGCCAAAGAAACGUAACUCCUCCCUUCAGUACCUUGUUCAACGCAAUGGAGGGCCGGGCCUCUCGGAAAGCCAGAGCAGCCUAAAUCUUCUCUUCAAUGGGAACGCCGCUGGGAUCCCAGAAAAGCACAACUUGUUGAGCUGUAGGAACAGCACGCAUUCUGGCACCAUGUCAGACUCGGGCCGCACUUCCUUGUCGAGCCUUCCCACCUACAGCACGAACUGCAGUCACCAGAUGGACCCGGUCAGUGUUUCUAUGGGUCACAUUAAUCUGGAUAAUCACACGAACAUUAAUGGAUAUUCUGAUCGAGCACCCAGGGGUCGGACUCGUCCUACGAACUCAGACAGUGGGCGCUCUUCAUCUAGCAAGAGCACCGGGUCACUAAGUGGCAGGGGGAACCCGUCCUCUGACAGCGGCUCCUGUGACCGCUCCCCCAUCUUGAGCGAUGAGAUUCUGAUUAGAGAGCUGGAAGAAAAGCUAAAGGACAGGGAGAUGGAGCUUCAGCAACUCAAAGAAAAUCUGGAUGAAAAUGAAGCUGCGAUCUGCCAGGUAUACGAGGAAAAGCAGAAGCGGUGCGAGCAGGAGAUGGAGGAGUUGCGGCAGAGUUGCGCCCUGAAAAUGAAGCAGGCGGCCCAAAAGGCUCAGCGGCUCCAGCAGGUUCUUCAGCUACAGAUAUUCCAACUGCAGCAGGAAAAGAAAAAACUGCAAGAGGACUUCUCCCAGUUACUGCAGGAAAGGGAGCUGCUAGAGAAGCGAUGUGCCUCAUUUGAGAGGGAACAAACUGAGUUUGGGCCACGCCUAGAGGAGACCAAGUGGGAGGUUUGCCAGAAAUCUGGUGAAAUAUCAUUGCUGAAGCAACAGUUGAAGGACUCCCAGGCUGAGCUGGCACAGAAAUCUAAUGAGAUACUGCUGCUUCGGGCUCAGGUGCGAGAGGCUCGAUCCGACCUCCAGAUCAGUGAAGAGCAGGUACAGGAGCUGCAGGACACGGCGCACACCAAGACACUGGAGCUGGAGGUGUGCGAGAAUGAACUCCAACGCAAAAAGAAUGAGGCAGAGUUGUUGCGGGAGAAAGCCAGCAAGUUAGACCAGGAAGUAGCCGGCCUAAGGGAAGCAGCAGUAGCCAACCUGCGCCAUGGACUAUGCCUUUGCCAUGAAAAGGAGGACCCUUUCUUAUUAUAUGAAAGUGACGAGGCCAAAGCGCAGCGGCAGAACGCAGACAACCUGCAGGGCUUGCAGCAGUAUGUGGAGCGUCUCAGGGAAGCCCUAACAAGCGAACGCAGGAGAUAUCAGGAGCAAGCUGACAGCUUUGAAGAUGAGCGGCGAAUAUGGCAAGAGGAAAAAGAGAAGGUGAUCCGUUAUCAAAAACAGCUGCAGCAUAACUAUAUCCAGAUGUACCAGCAGAACCGCGAGCUGGAGAGGGACAUUAAGCAGCUCUCCUUAGAACUGGAGGCAAGAGAACUGGACGAGUUUGACUUGCACGGGGCCGAAAUCCAGUUUGAGGAAAUCACAGCUACAGAAAUCUGAAGCCAGUGAAUAUGCAGAGCUACCACAAAUGCCUUUAUACACGCCGACAACAUUCCAGCCAAUGGCUUUGCCAAAACACAGCUACUAAACACUCACACAAGCUCUUCUUCAUUGUCACUCAGACUUACAGUGGAUAAACCAUACUCAGUGUUUUGACAGGGAACCAUAGGUUUAUGGACUGCACAUUAACACUACAUGCAACGAGAUUUCUAAUUGGCAGAUCUUGAACACUCAUACAAAGUAUAGUAUUAAGGAGCCAUAUGUAUAUAUAUAUAUAUAUACUGUAUACCUGCUCACAAGUUAUACUAUAUGGACCAAAGGAACUUGUGUCAUUGAAUAAGAAAUGUAUGAUACUAUGUACAGCACUUAUGUAUGUGUUUGCAUAAAAACCUGCUCCCUUGUCAUGGCGUGUAACAGAAUUUGAGGUACUGUCAUGGAGCACAAAGGUGCCAUUAUGUUAAGUCUGUUCAGUACUUUUCAGUAUUCCUUUCUGCUUUCUUUGUGUAGUACAGUUGUUCAGGAAAGACAGAAAGUGGAGCAACCUGACUUUAUAUUUAUGGGCCCCUCAACACCCAUAAUGAUCUGUUCCACAUACACACGUUGAACCUUUUCAUUAGCUCCCAGUGCCUCCCCCCCUGCUAACACAGCUAGGUCCCCCCCUCCUUAAAGGAUUACUAGCAUUAUUUAUUAUCUGAUUAAUCUCAUUUAAAGUUACCUGAAUUCAAAAUAACUAAAACAGUAUUUUCAACAACAAAACAUUUUUUUUCAAAGACCUACCUGUUAAGCCUUAUUAUCUGGGCCAGCUCAAAUACAGCCUGUCUAUGACAUCACUGUUCAGGCUGCAUUCAUUGGUCAAAGCUGUUGCUCCGCCCACUUCCCAAUUUCUUUGUGAAGAGAUAUAGUUUCCAGCAUAGACAUGCACCGAAAUUUAGGGCAGUCAUGUGACGUCUGGUUCAUUUCAGUCUAGGUUAUUUGAAAACUGAAGCUAAGAAGUUGUGUCUUAAUGAUAAAUCAUCUUUGUAUAUUCCCAGCCAGUACAUGAUAAUGUGUGGCAUUCAGUAGCAGCAAAGGGAAGCCAUCAGCUUUUCUUUAUAUCUUCUGGAAAGUGCCCAGUAUGUGUAAGGGAAGCCCCACAUGCCAUUUGAAAUAACACGAGUUCUGUGAGAAUAUGCAAACCGGUGUGUGUGUUUGUAUGAAAUGUAGUAUUAUAUCAAUAUGUGUGUGUAAUUGUUAGAUUGCUCUGUAGGGGGCAGUGUGUAUGAUAGCUAUGCAUUUUCUCCUUAAGGCGUAAUCACACAGCUUGAGGAACAAGGCUUUACAUGUUGUGUUCAUUUCUAUGUUUUGGAUGAUAUGAAAUACGAAUACAUUUUAAUAUGGCUGUACAUAAUGUAAAAUAUGAGAUCUUAUUUUCUUCUUCCCCAAAGCAAUACCUUUGUUUUUGUACAUACUCUGAGUAGCACCUUUCUAUGCUUCCCUUGGCAUUCUAUAUGAGGAUAGUCACUUUUCUCAGGUAGAUCUUGGUAGAGCACAAUCACAGCACAAGACUCUGGUAACCCAAUAUGCAGUAACAGACUGGGUGAGUAGCUUCUCUGCCAGCCGGUAGCACGUUACAUGGCCCAGAGAUGCGCUCUCCUCUCUGGACAAACGGAUUAAAGCCAAUUUGCUUGCCUUUCCCCAUAUCUACUUUCUAUGGGAGUUUGUUUGUGAGCCUAAUAAAACCUUGCUGUUUCCAGUAAU